AUGCGCCGAGCAGAGUUCAUAGCAGACGACAUCAACAUCGACGACAGCGACGUCUUUCACUUCACGGCAGAACGUGUACUUUACAAAUUAGGUUUUGAUUAUCAGCACAACCAAAUAUGGAAAUAUGCACAUGUUUGUUUAUCAAUAUCGAUCUGUUUUACAGUUAAGGGUUAUGGCGGAGCGGUCUACACUCGAUGGGGUAAAACUGGAUGUCCGUUUAAAACUCAACUUGUAUAUAAAGGAAUAGCUGGAGGAACUCAUUAUAGUCAUAAGGCCGGACCUGCUAAUAUCCUGUGCCUGCCAGACAACCCUGAAUAUGGAAACCACACUCCAGGAUUUCAAUCUCAAGGUGCCAUAUAUGGUACAGAAUAUGAAACCAAACAACAUUCCAUCAGUUUCAAACACCUUCAUAACCAUGACGUUCCCUGUGCUGUGUGCAGAAGUACAACCAAGACAAGCGUCAUCAUGGUGCCUGCCAAGAUGUCCUGCUUUCCUGGGUGGCAUGUGGAGUACACGGGGUAUCUGAUGGGUGGCCAUUAUAAUUAUGCUGCCAGUGAGUAUCUGUGUGUUGAUGGAGAUGCAGAAAAGGAUCGCAGUGGCCAUGAAAACAAGAACGGGCAACUCUUGUAUCUUGUUGAAGGUGUCUGUGGUUCCCUGCCAUGUCCUCCAUACAAGAAUUACUGGGAGCUGAGAUGCACUGUUUGCUCGAAAUAAGUCACAGUCAAUCUGCCACUGUCAUAUACGUGAAUAAAACCAUUUUGCGUGCAUGAAAACAAAUGUGGAAUGUUUUAAUUAUUACUACUACUGAGAUGCUGUUACAAUGUGUGAAUCCCAUUUCUUGUGUCCCCCGCCGUGAUAUUGCUGUAAUAUUGCUAAAAGCGGCGUAAAACCAACUCACUCACUCACUCACUCAUUAAAUACUGUCUUCUGGAUAAGGCUUGAGAAAAGUGGUUUGUAUUAAGUAGAAUGUGGAUGAUUUAUUAAAUUGAGAAUGACAUUCUACAGAAGACGCAGCUAUAGAUAUAACUACGCUCUUUUACAUGUGAUACGUGUAUACAUAAGAUAUGCACUCGCAUGCGCACAUGUAAAACAAUGCAUAUCAAGCAGCCUAAGUAAAUCAAUAUCAUUAU